GGUAGGCUGCGUCCCCUCGCGCAGACGCGCAGGAGAAGCGCGUGUUCUGCGAGCCGCCACACCCACUGAAACACGCGCAGAGGACUGGUCUCGUUUCGGGAUUAUAAACUACGCUAACUAACUACCUAAGUGAACUCACUACCCAAGUUAACAGACUGCAACUCACCAACUCGGGGGCGUAACCACAGAGCGCACGGGUAUGGGGGCGCGACCUGUUGCACCAGACGUUCUCCAAACAAGUAGGAAAAAGUGGCGGCGGAGCUUCGAGGAUCACGAAUUACCAAGAGCGCGCGAGGACCUGAUAUAGGAAUAGAUAGGCUACAUAUUCAAUUGAAUCCCUGCUGUGAGGAGAGACUUGCGCGCGCGCGCACGUAAGUACGAGCGCGCGCAGGUGAAGGAGCAUUCACGAAGCGACGCCGAGGAAAGGGCGCGAGGCGGCAGGACAGGUGACCGUCCGCGAGCCGAGGAAAGGGAGCGAGGCCGGAGGACAGGUGACUUUCCGCGAGACAAGCGAAGCGCCCGCGAGCUCACCUGUCUGAUCUGGCACGAGGUGAGCGCGCGGACUGAGCGGGUUGGCGCGCAACUGACGCCACGCGCUCCCGGAUCAUCCACUCACCCUCAAACCCCGACCCCCCCCCCCCCCCGCCCACUGGCAGGGUCAGAGGUCGGAGGUCCAGAGGUCGGCGCCGUGACGGGACCCGGCGCGUGGUGGCCCACCGCGUCAUGUCCGGUCCGGAGCAAUGGUUCAGUUUGAGGACCACCAGAGGAUCGUCCUCAACGUCGGCGGCACGCGCCACGAGACCUACCGGUCCACCCUGAAGACCCUCCCCGGGACCCGCCUGGCACUGCUGGCAUCGGACCCUGACCCUGACCUGGACCCGGACCUCGAAUCGCUGCUAAACGAGCAGCUGCAGCGGGUUCCCAGCUUCCUGGAGCACGAGCCCGCCACCGACGAGUACUUCUUCGACCGCCACCCGGGGGUGUUCACCCACGUCCUCAACUACUACCGCACCGGGAGGCUGCACUGCCCUGCCGACGUGUGCGGGCCGCUGUUCGAGGAGGAGCUGGCUUUCUGGGGGGUGGACGAGAUGGACGUGGAGCCGUGCUGCUGGAUGACCUACCGCCAGCACCGCGACGCUGAGGAGGCGCUGGACGCGUUCCAGCUGACCACGGUGGACCCCGGGGAGGACGACGAGGCGGGCCGGUUGGGGCUCCAGGACCCGGCUGGGCUGCACGGCGGGGUGGCCGGCCUGUGGAGGAGGUGGCGGCCGGCGGUCUGGAACCUCUUCGAUGACCCGUACUCCUCGCGGGCCGCUCGGUUCGUGGCCUUCGCGUCCCUCUUCUUCAUCCUGGUCUCCAUCACCACCUUCUGCCUGGAGACCCACGAGGCCUUCAACACUGUGGUCCUGAAGACGGACCCUCAGAGGGACGUCAGCCUGCCGGCCCCGGCGCCCCAGUACGAGGUCCUCACCGACCCGGCGCUCACCUACGUGGAGGGCGUGUGCGUGCUGUGGUUCACCUUCGAGUUCCUGGUGCGCGUGACCUUCAGCCCCCGCAAGAGGGACUUCUUCAGGAGCGCGCUGAACCUCAUCGACCUGGCGGCCAUCCUGCCCUUCUACCUGGAGCUGGGCCUGAGCGGCCUGUCCUCCCAGGCCGCCACGGACGCGCUGGGCUUCCUGCGCGUGGUGCGCUUCGUGCGCAUCCUGCGGAUCUUCAAGCUGACGCGCCACUUCGUGGGCCUGCGCGUCCUGGGCCACACGCUGCGGGCCAGCGUCAACGAGUUCCUGCUGCUGGUCAUCUUCCUGGCGCUGGGCGUGCUCAUCUUCGCCACCAUGAUCUACUACGCCGAGAGGCUGGGCGCCGACCCCGACGACCCCACCGCCCACCACCACACCAUGUUCAAGAACAUCCCCAUCGGCUUCUGGUGGGCCGUGGUCACCAUGACCACGCUGGGCUACGGCGACAUGUACCCCCAGACCUGGUCCGGCAUGCUGGUGGGGGCUCUGUGCGCGCUGGCGGGGGUGCUCACCAUCGCCAUGCCCGUGCCCGUCAUCGUCAACAACUUUGGCAUGUACUACUCCCUGGCCAUGGCCAAGCAGAAGCUGCCCAGGAAGAGGAAGAAGCACAUCCCUCAGGUCCAGUCCGGGUCCCCCAGCUGCAGCCAGGCCCACACCGGGUCCCCAGCCUGCAGCCAGACCCCCCUGUGCCCCCUCCCCAGGGGCCCACAGCGGAGACGCUCAGUCGAGUCAGCGGCCCCCAGCGGGGGCAGCGAGGGGAGCCGGUCCCCGGGGGAGAGCGACGCCAUGAGGCGGUCCAGGGACCAGGACCGCCUGGGGGCGGGGGGCUGCUUCCUGUUGUCCACCAGCGACUACACCUGUCCUACAGACGGAGCCGUCUGCAAGUCAGAAUAUUCCUUUCCUCUGUGAGCCGGAUCGGAACCCAGACCUACAACUCACAGAGACCACCCCCCCCGGAACCCCCUGGGCCCUCUGGACCAAUGUGGACCCAGUAGGACUUUUUAACGAGGCAACCCACCAGGCGGGCCACUCGUCCCCAGGUCCUGGUCCUCAUCCUGGACCCCCUGCAGGGUUCUCCUGGUUUACGUCUGUUCUGGGUUCUGGGACGGAUUCUGUGGACUGACAGGUUCUCUGUGGAGUGUCUGACACGCACAAGCACACGCACACGCACAAGCACACAAACACGCACACGCACACACACACACACACACACUAAACACCUCCCGUAUGAUUUUACCCCCAGGUGAGAGAAGUUGAUGUGUGACAUCAUCACCAGUGGACGCGGAGGGCAGCUAGGAUGAUCUGUAAAUCAAACAUCUGAGUGGACAAGCCCUCUUGGGGCGUCUCUGAUUUGACGGCCAGAGUAGGGACUCUUGGUGGUUUAAACUGCUUCAAUCUCCACAGCACUCCUGCAGCUAACGCAAGCUAGCGCUAAUUAACAGAAGUAACUACACUAGUCAUUACAAACCAAGCAAUGACCUUUGACCCCCUGGAGUUCUAGUGUGUACUUCGAGUCCCUCGCUGGGCGGAGCCCGUUGCCGGCACCAUCGUAAUGGCAUGUUCUCUACCAUCGAGGGGUUUAAAACAUGCUAACAUGCUAACAAAUGCCAAUCCAUACUGUGAUCCAAUGUCUUUCAAGUCUCGACCUGAACCAUUUUUAAACUAGCCUCACUACGUCUUUAAGUAUGUGGUUAGUAUUAAUGUCUAAAUAUUUAUGUUUUACUACGUAGAUUAUACGGCUAAACUAAGUCUGACGCACUUCCUGUUUGCUGCUACCUGCUCACCGAUUGGCCAGCUGUCUGGCUUCACUCUGUACCCACAAUGCUUUGCUACGCCCAGAGGAUUCGUUGUAGCUGGAGGAUGACCUCGUCCUCAACCUCUGACCUCUGACCUUGGGGAAUAUUCUAGUUUCACAUUUGUGUCACACUGCAUUAUGUAAGACAAGAUGGAGGAGGGGACAGACAAGAUGGAGGAACAGACAAGAUGGAGGAGGGGGACAGACAAGAUGGAGGAGGUUUUUGAUGACAUCGUAUAAUUAUAGAGUUUAAUGGAAUCGUGAGAAUCACAUAAACUAUUUAUCUUUAA